GAUUUUUAAAUUUAAGAAACAUCUUAUUUAACAGUAUUAUAAAUACUAUUUUGAAAUUGACAGAUGCUUUAUAUAACUUGUGAAGGGCAACCUUGUAAUGGUAUACAUACAGGUUUCAGAUAAACAAGCUGCUUUUUAGAGUAUACUUUGUUGAAUCUAAUUAAAAGUUUGAGAAUGAAUACUGGAGCGUGAAUUCUUGUUUAAAGGUAAACGAUAAAGCGGUGUUGUUUAUAUUCGGAUGUAUAGAUUGCUUUCUGCAGUUUCCAGCACACAAGCUGUUUUAGUACAGUACGACUCUACGCCAGAGUGUGGAGCUGUACCCUGCCUAAAAAGGAAAAAGAAAAAAAAUAUAAAAGGCAUAUUGAGAAGAAGGAAGAGAGUGUAAAAAUACUAAAUAAGGUUUAAAAGACUCUUCAAAUCGCUUUAUGGAAUACCUGACGCCAUGGAUAGGUACACAGCUGCUCUUCUUGUGAUCGGGAUGUAUACUUGGUGCUAUGGUCAAAGUGCAGUCCAAAGUCCCUGGCCAAAAGAACGUGGUCUGAUAUUUACCAUAUUAAACAGAUAUGGUUGGCGGACUAAAGUUCAACUGCGCCAUCUACCGAUAUAUCCUGGUUAUGAGAAUUUCUCGGGUCGUGUUCCUGGUGUUAACUUUUCAAAUCCCAAUACUCACUUCCUCAGUAUCGAUGUCGAUUACAGAACAAAAUGUAUUUAUAUGUAUGAAUAUCAUCUAAGGUCAAUAGUCGUUGGAACAGGCUACACUAAAGAUAUGAAUACGAGCAACAUGGAAUUUAAACAUAUGCACGUAGGGGUGUCAAGAGGAAAUAUCCAAGUAGCGGUAGAUUGGCUGUCGCACACGGUGUACUGGACCGAUUCGGCCUUUCGAUGGAUUGUAGCAGCACCUGGUCAGAAAAACAAGACCGAUAUGGAUUAUUAUAAAAUUAUUGCUGAUACCCAUCUGGACAAACCUGAUGGUUUAACACUUGACCCACUUGAAGGGUAUCUCUUUUGGUCAGAUAACGGAAAACAUCCUAAAAUAGAACGUUCAGAUUUAAUGGGAAGGAGCCGGCACACGAUCUUUUCCAAGUAUUUAGAGUCACCACUCACUCUCGAGGUAGAUAUAUUUGGAAAACGGAUUUAUUGGAUUGAUUCUAAACAAGAGUCAAUAUUGUCAACCACCUACAACGGGGAAGAUGUCAUAUCGAUCCAGAGGAUUCCAAAUUCCGUGUUAUUUGAAUUGGCAAUAUUUAGGGAGGUUAUUUAUAUCAGUGAUGUUCGUAAUGGUAAUGUGUAUACUCUAAACAAAACCAAAGGUAUACAUUUGGGUAAACAAGAGUCAACUACUAUUAGAAUUUUCCCAGAAACUAUCUAUGGUUUAGCUGUAUACGGAGAUGAAAAUCAACCUCUAAAAGAUAAAGAUUAUUGCGCCGAGAAGAACUGUGAUCAUUUAUGUAUAUCAACAAAAACUGGUGCAGAAUGUGUAUGUUCUGAGGGAUACAAGAAAAAUGAAACCAGUGGCAAAUGUCAAGGUUGGUACUGGAAACAACUGAAUCAAGAUCAUUAUGAUCAUUUCAUUUUUUAA